GUAAAAUGGAGGAAGUGGAGAAAACCCAUGCCCUUAACAGCCUUGGGAUUCGGGGAUUCCCAGGACUCUGAAGCUCCCCCACCCUUGGACUCCAGUGAACGUCUCUCUUUUAUCAAUAAAGAUGGCCCAGCUUGCAGAGAGUGGAAGUGGUUGGAGGCGGGCCUGCCAGUGGGUGACCGGCUACGACGCCAUGAAUAUCUUGCCCAAGAAGAGCUGGCACGUCCGGAACAAAGACAAUGUCGCCCGUGUGCGGCGUGACGAGGCUCAGGCCCGGGAGGAGGAGAAAGAGCGUGAGCGGAGAGUGCUGCUCGCUCAGCAGGAGGCCCGCACAGAAUUCCUACGGAAGAAAGCCAGGCGUCAGAACUCACUACCUGAGCUGGAAGCAGCAGAGGCAGGAGCCCCGACUCCCGGCCCUGUGGACCUAUUCCGGGAGCUGCUAGAGGAAGGGAAAGGGGUGACCAGAGGCAACAAAGAGUACGAGGAAGAAAAGCGACAGGAGAAAGAGAGGCAGGAGAAAGCUCUGGGGAUCCUCACAUACCUGGGCCAGAGUGCUGCGGAAGCCCAGACUCAACCACCUUGGUACCAGCUCCCCCCAGGGCGGGGGGCGCCCCCACCUGGCCCAGGUCCAGAUGAAAAGAUCAAGCAGCGCCUGGACCCUCUGCGGGAGAUGCAGAAGCACUUGAAGAAGAAGAGGCGGCACAGUGGUGAUGGUGGUCACAGCAGAAAGGGAAAGGAGGGGCCGGACAAGCAGCGGCCGGAAGCACGCCCAUCCCUGGACCAGCUUCGAGCUGAACGUCUCCGGCGGGAAGCAACAGAGCGUGCUCGGGCAGAGGCCCUGCUGGCCCGAGUGAGGGGCACGGCCCCCUCGGAGGAACAGCCUGUGGAGAUGGACGAACGGCGGGGGCGGUACAACUCCCAGUUCAACCCCCAGUGGGCCCGGCGCCCUGCCAACAAGACCCCAGCGCUUACGGACUCCUGGGGGGAUAGGAGAGGCCGCAGCUGCCAGCCGUCAUAUAAAACUAUUUAUUCAUAAAUAUUUUCCAAAAUGAAAA